AUGUUUUAUUUACACUUUCGAAUCGGUUUUCUAUCCACUAAACCGUUUGUUACAUUUUCGAUUGACUCACAGAAACAAAAGAAAAAGGGAAAGAAGCACAAGGUGCCUGUGGCCCAUGAUGGAGACGCUCCUUCAACAUCAGCAGGAGAAUCGGCCGCCGGAGAAGAUUCGAAAGCAGUAGCCAAUAAUCUGAUGAAAAGCGGACUCAGUGACUUGUUGCUUAAGCGGCUGACAAACGUCAUGCUUGUGUCGGGCACCGAUAGUCUCAACCAAGUUCCCGGUACAACCAAGGAAAAGCGAUGCAAAAACGAUUAUCGCUUUUGGCGAACACAGCCAGUACCGGACCUAAACGAGGAGAUCUCGGAGAACGGUCCCAUCGAACCAGAUAAAACUAUUGACGAGAUUCGUCCGGAACCGUACAGUCUUCCGGACGGAUUUUUAUGGUGCGAAGUUUCGCUUGACGAUGAGAAACAAGUGAGUCGAUUUACAUUUUUCCAUUUUUGGUCCGCGUCCAUCGUACGUUCGUUUUUUACAACACCCAUUUGUGUGAUGGACAGCAGACAGAGGAUAACGCCGUAG